AUGUCGACCGCAGUCGCACCCGCGAUGGCUCCAUUACCUUCACCACAUACCACCCGUGAUCCCAGCCCGAAGAACUGCCCGACCUUGGCCCAUCCGCCCGCCCCGGCGAAUUCCUCUCCCUCGCGUAUGUCUAUCGGCUCGCAAGAUGGGGCCUCGAAAGGUACUCCGGAGAACCGCGAUCAGCCGUCUCCCUCCGGCAGUACGGGUCCCAGAAUCACUGUCAAGAAAGAGCCGCCUUCGUCGCCGCGCAUGGGGGGUAGCCGACCCCGGCCGCGCAAGUUGGACCUUUCGACCAGUCUGCCCUCCUCGAGCGGUCUGUCGGUGCGCCCUCCGAAUGGGCCUAUGACCGCCCGCGAUGGAGUUCGUAUGCAGGACGUCGGUCUGGCAUGUCUGUCGCCCGGCUUCCAAACCCACGAUCCGAUGAUGCGAGAGCAACUUCAGCGCAGUUUGUCAGUACGCGACCAGCAGCGAUCAAUAAUCGAGGCGCGACUACAAAGGUCCGCCAAGGAUGAGGGUCCCGGCGGUACCAAGCCAUCAGAAUCAGGCUUCAUGGGUAUGCCCAAGAGUGGGAAGCGUCGAGCCCCGCCUGGUCUAUCGAUCGUUCCUCCCUCAGCGUCGCAGUUCGCCAACGAGCGUGUGAUCCAGUCGGCGCCGCUAAACCAGACCUUCACGGGCCGAUAUCAACCACAGCCAUUGACACGGCACAUUGUCAACCAGAGCCCGACUCUAGGCUCAACCUCGCAUAUGCACCAGUUCCCCGCUACGCAAACGAACAACCGUCUUCCUCCUCUUUCCGAUGUCUUUGGACAGGACGCAUUGGGUACCCGGGAUCGCGAUCCCAACCGUCCUGGUCUGUACCCGAAUAACUCAAGCAACAACUCUUCGCAGUCCAACCUGGCCCCCAUGCCUUCUCCUGGACUCCCCAGCAGCAUGUCUCACACGCCCAGUCGACCUCGUGAGUAUCAUUCAGCCGAAGAGGCGGUGCAAGAAAUGUCCGGUGGACGGGAAGAGCUGCUUCCUCGGAUUGUGCACUAUGGAGGCCACCAACCACCCACGCCGCCUUCACCACAAAUCAUUCACGCUGCUCCCAAAACGGCUCCUCUGGCCAGUGAGGCAAUGCCACCCAGUGCACCCCUUGCUCCUACAUUCGGUUUCGGUUCUACGGAAUCCACCGCGCGUCGUCGCUCGCGAAAUGAAUACGAGCACGACAAUGGAAGCCCGCCCCUGGGUCAUGGCCCUAAUUCUUACCGCCCGAAUCCCGCUGCGAGCGCAGGCCCCAAUGCAGUGCCUUAUGGUCCCUUCGGAGCUGGAAGAGACUCCCCCGAGACCCAGCGACGAAAGAAGGAAGAAUUCCUAGGCCUUUGUGCUCGUGCUUGGGACCUAUUCCACUCGUGA